UUCCUAGUAAUGAUCUUCGUACUUCCUCUUCGACUACAGUUUCAGUGCAUUCUUUCCUAAACUAUCUUUUUUUUCUUCUUCUUUAGAGCUCAUCGUUAAUGUCUUUAACUAUUAUAGCUUCUACCACUCGAUAAUUCGAAUAUUGCUCUCAAGCCGCUUGGGCCUACUCUGCAGACUUGUCGUCUGCAGAUAUUCAUUUCAAUCUGUUGCCAUACCCCAGUCAGGGCGACCUUCUGGGGUCUGCUGUUACUACGGACGUCCCAAUUGAGACCUUCCUAGCAAACAACUCCACCAUGUCGAGCUCUUCCUCAACCGCUGUCACAAACUCGUCGCGACACGUUCAUUCCAGAACCCAGAGCAUAUCGAGUGACAGACCAUCCACAGCUAGCCACAACCUCAUGUCUCCCCCUCUCUCCGUAUCGCCCGAAGCGGUCUUUAUAGCUGCAUCUGCUGCUUCGCAGAUAGUUACUAAUGAUCAUGACAGCCAUUCUGAGACAUGGUAUGAUCAGAUGGGAAUCGAGCCUUCGCAAGAAACUGCGUUGGUCUCACCGGGCGCUCUCCAGCUCGCUAACAACUUCGUCGAUCAACUUUUAUUCAACAUAAUUUCCGUCGCCAAAUCCACCUCCUUAUCAGCUUUGCGACCGGCUGUUAGCGAAGUUUUGAAGCCGAAACUUGCCAAAGAUGCCAUCAACAAUGCCGAAGAGGAGCUUCGAGAGUAUCUGGGUGGUGGUGAAGUUGAAGACUUGGUGCAGUCUCCGAGCACUGCAACCCCUGCCGAUUGGGACGUGGAGCUAGUUUGGAAAAGAACGAGGCUACGUUGUAUGGUUUAUUCAUCCCUUGGUGAUAUGGAAGAGGAGGAUGAAGAGUACUAUAUGGAACAGGAACAUCUUAGAGGCGAGUCGGAUGAGAUUCUCUCUGAAGUUGUAUCACCUGCAGUUGCUAUUUUCUUGACCUCGAUUCUUGAAUUUAUGGGUGAGCAGGUUCUCGUCAUAGCAGGACAGUCGGCUUUCAACCGGUUACGUGUCAAACAUGAGAAAGAGCUGAAAGAAGGCACGCGAUCACCUGGCGGACUGUUUGAACGUAUUAUUGUCGGGGAGUUGGAUAUGGAGCGUGUUGCGUUGGAUCGGACCCUCGGUCGACUUUGGCGGUCUUGGAAGAAGAGGAUUCGGUCGCCGAUAGAGCCUAACUAUUCUCGUCCCUUUUCGCGUAGUUCUUCGAGCAUCUCGGGAGUACCUAACCAGCGGCGUGGAAGCCUUGCCACAGACCACGCACAGUCGUUUCAAACACGUAAAGAUUCCGACCCUGCGCUCGAAGUACAGGAAGAGCAAGAUAGCGAGACGGCUGGUGAUGAAGUCAGCCAGCGGUUAAUUUCGGAAGUAAACCCAGCUGAUGUACCUCUGCCGGAUAGCGAUAUCGAGUCAGUCUAUAGCCAUGAGGAGGAAAGCGAGGAAGAAGAUAGUGAUAGCGUUCGCCGGCCGAAGAGUCUUAUCCUUUUCUCUUCGUCAACGAAGAAUAAGUUAGCGGCUCUUCGGGCUUCGCUGACAAGUGCGUCAAAUCGACGCCCUCGAUCUCUUCCUCCUCCUCGGAGAAGCUUGCGACAACGCUCUGCUGCCUCUAGUCCUCUAAACGAGGCCCAGCCUGCCAAAGAUAUAGGCAAGGAUGAGGAAAAUUCGGCCGAGAAACCCACAACUGAGGCAGAAGAUAAUGUUUCUUCUAAGGAGGUUAUAGAUGUCAAUGCUAAUGGGAAUGAAGAGCCUUCCCAGAUAGCGGAACAAAAGGCGAUGUCAGACGGACUGAUUCCUGUUGCCACAAACGAUUCUACACCUGUGAUAUCGACGAGAGCCAGCAGCAUUACCCGACUGAGCGAAAUUGAAGAGGACGAAAUCGAUGAAUUUACCGAAGAGCCUGAGAUAUUGACAUCAUCAAGAAUCUCUAUUGGAGGAAGGAGUUCAUCUCCUUCUACAUCAGAUUCCGGAAAACCUACUCUUAUGCCUGUAAGGACUAAUAGCAUUCAGUCGGUACGGAUUAUUGAGGUGCAGAGCCCUCGUAGCCCGACGGCUGGUUCGCAAGCGAGUUCUAUGGAUUUCCAAGAUCCCGCCGCGGUGGCUCGUAGAAUGUCCACCCCUCCUAUUGCUGAGGAAAAGGACUCAGAAGCACGGCCUACAAACAGGCAUGCCGUUAUUCUUCAGCGGUCAUUCGAAGAUCCCCAAGAGACCAAUUCUACGACCGUCCAACCUGCCCGAAAUCCUAGUCCUUUAAGAAGUGUUCAUUCACAAGAAGUAUAUGAACUCGCAGCGCCCACUACUAGAGUGACUAUCCUGAGUAGUUCCGGAUCGGAGGCGCCUCCGGAUGAAAAACCUGUGGUUUCUUCGAAAUCAUCGAGGAACCCACCGAUGCCGACAUUACCUGAGAGGAGUACAAGUCGACCCGUUUACGGACGAUCGGGCUCUAACGAUACUACGUCUAAUACAUCCGCUCGACGUGGUACGCCGGAAUCACAGAAGAUGCCACGCCCUCUACCAAGUGACUCGCCUUCAUCCACGUCAACUAAAUUCAAACCUGUGCAUUAUGCUGAGGACAGAGCGCGCGAUUUCGAACAGUUAAUCCACAGCCAGGACACCCUGCAGUAUACCCUCACACCUGAAAACAUGCGCGAUAUUGACUCUACUUCGUCACAGCAUACCGGAAGCCCUAAAACGAACAGGUUUCAGAGAAACGAAGACAACAAGCAUGAGCGCUCGCGAUCUUCAUCUAUUAAGAGGGCCGCAUCGAUUACGAAGAAAAUUAGUCCAGGUAUCCAUCCUUUGAGUUCCAAUCCUCCCACGGAUAUUCCUUUUGCUGGGAAAUUCUCCGAAGCGAUCAUAGGCGUGCCCAAUGCUGGCCCACCGAAAAGCCGAUCGGGUAGAGCUCCCCAAGCGAGGGAGGCACGAAUCCCUCGGGAGUCUUUGCAAGACUUUGCCGAUUUCAUUCGAUCAACAGGUCCUCCUACUGAACGUAACGUUCAGCGUACCAGAGGGCAUACUCCUUCGUUAUCAACCGUCCGGGCUUCCAAGGGACCGACUCAUGUGAAAAAGAGCGCAAGCAUUGACAUCCGACAGGCCCAUUCGAGUAACCGACCGCACCUCCAGGCUCGGGAUGCUACUGUUAAUCACAACAGCGAAAGCUCGGAUCUCAUUGAUUUUAUUCGGCAGGGGCCGCCUAACAGCAACGGAAAUAACCCUCGAAUUCCCCGCCAUAUAGCUCCUUUCCGCAGCACGAUGGAUUCGGACCAAUUGCAAAUGGCGGGCGCGGUAGGAGGCAAGGCGAUCGAUGCAGUAAUUCCGAACAUUCGAAAUUCCGAGGCAUCGACGAAUGUUACGGAGGCGUCAGCACCGUCAUCAAUGAAUUCUCAAAGCGCACUCUUGAGCAAGGCAAAUAAGGUACAACAAUACUCCGGUAAUAAUUUUGACGACGACGAUAUGACGCCAAAGCGGACACAGCGACGAGUUCGUGACCCUUAUGCCAUUGACUUUAGCGACGAGGAAGAUGAAUACUUGGAUACAAUGCCCCAACCGAAACCAAAGAAGGAAGAAAGCUUAAUCGAUUUCCUUAACAGCUACCCGCCUCCCCCUGAGCCAAUGUCAGAACCAGUUGCUAUCCCGAAGAAGAAAUCCAGUGCGCCAAAUCUGAUCGCACGUCUGAGAUCAGGCGGAAGCUCUAUCAAAUUAGCCUCGAACCCGAGGGGACUUGGCGAAUCAAGAUCUCUAAGUAGUCGGAGUGGUACCAGCAAAGGUUACACACCUAUUGUUCUCCCAACCUCAGUCGAGAAAUUUGGGAGCGAGCCCGGGCCGCCACCAACCGCUCCUAGUAACCUAGCAGGCCGUGUUCCGAUGAAGAAGUUCGAAGCACGAGACGCCGUUUCCGCCAAUACACCUACAUCAGAUCUUGCUAGUUUCCUACGCGAUUCGGAGCCGCCACCUCAACCUUUGAUGUCGCAUCCCAUCCAGAACGAAAACAAGGGUAGUGGGUUCUCUCGGAUGUUUGAGCGCCGUAAGAAGUCUGCUGCAUUUUAAUCACUUUCGCCUUUGAAUUCGAACCUCCCGUGUAUAAAUCAACUAUUUACUUUCGAAACGUUCGGUGCUUAUAAAAAUAUUAGAGCUAGGACAAAGGGUGGCAGUUUUGAAAAUUAUAUUUUUCUAGCGGCGGAGUUGCCAACCAUUUAGUUACGGACAUCUUAUGCGUGUAUUUAUCAUCAAUAUUGGCCGGUUGUUCUUUUUUAUUUUG